UUAAAGCAGAAAUUUUGCCAUCGGUAAAUUAUAUUCAAAGAGAAGUUGCAUCUAAUCAAAUUAAUAUGGAAUUAGAUGUUGAAUUUAAAGAAAUUGAAGAACCUGAGAUUUUACCUGAUACUAAUUCUAGUAAAGAAGCUAUUAGUGACACUGAACCUGAAUUGAAAAUAAUUAGCAUAAAAGAAGCAGCACAAG